AUGACCGGUCGUCUGUGGAAGCUCGACUGGGUUAUCGGCUACUAUCAUCUUGUCCAGUCGAUUUCUCAACAACCGGUGAACCCUCGAUGGUUACAAGACGGUCGGAAGAACAGAGAAGGAGCAGAUGACUGGAACGCAGGCAUAAAGUUGAGAGCACAUCGGCCAGAUAAGAGACUCCUCCAGGAGUGGUUCGCCAUAUUCCAGCGACAUCCUAUCUCACAGCGGCCCUUAUCUCUCCAUGGAAAUCCCACCGGGCCGCCCUCUACAGUCCUGGAUAAGAAAUGUCACCAGAUAAAAAAAUAUCUGGAGAGACCACUGGCUGGAGCGAGGACAGAUGCAGAGCCACAAAGAGAAGAAGAGGCAGGUAGAGUUGCAAGACUAGUCCUGCUACCUGGUCCAGGUAAGAGGAGGCCCCACGGGAACCGGUAUUUAGGGGGCAACAAAUGGGUAAAGUAA